GAUAGUAGGAGGAUGACGUUCCAACAGUGAGUUACAUUGAACCGUACAACGGAGAGCGGACAUUCGUACACCGACCGCGAACGUGAUAACAUUCUUAUAUAUUUAUUCCUAUUUCCAUUUUUACUAUUUUUUUUGUUAUCUUCUUCUUCUUAUUGUACUCAAAGAAACGUGUGAAAAAGAAAUCAACGAUAUCACCGUAUGCGUUAGAUUUUUUUUGUGAUUGGAAUAACACGUGAACCGGGACCCGAUUGAUGGUGUUAGUUACAUUUCGCAAAUUUUGUUUUAUAUCAGUGUGUAUAGGGGUAGAAAAUAUUAUAAAGAAAUUUGUACUCUUGUUUGUUUGUUGUGUGUGUGCGCGUGUAUUUAAUUGAAUUUGACACACAAGAACGUUCCUAAUUAACAUCCCAAUCGGUAUCUUCGAGAACUAUAGGAACAGGAGGAAGAGAACAGGGUGAAAGAGGAAGUGUGGAAGGAGUUGUUAAAUCCGUAGAAACUAGGGAAACCUAUAGGAAAGCAAGGGAUCGAUGACAAGGGGAAGAUCAUCAUCGAUACAUACCUCAAUCCAAUGUACCACGAGAUCCAUUGGCCGAGAUCCAAUGAAGAAUUCACUCAGGAGAAUGAGGAAGUAUGAGACUUCCGAGUGGAUUUCCAGUUUAUACGGCCCACCACCACUCGUGUCACGUUUCGAGAGUCAUUAAGGAGAACAAAAUGGGUGCCAACCAAUCAAAUAGAACCAUACCUACUCCUGGAGAAGAAGUGAACUUCGAUCACUUUGAAAUUCUACGUGCCAUAGGAAAAGGAAGUUUUGGAAAGGUUUGCAUAGUGCAAAAGAGAGACCGUAUUGGCAAUAUGUAUGCGAUGAAAUACGUUCACAAAGGGGAGUGCGCGGAGAGAGGGGCAUUGAAAAACGUCGCAAGAGAGGUCGAAAUUCUCUCAAAGUUGGAACAUCCGUGCUUGGUCAAUCUCUGGUUCAGUUUUCAAGACGAAGAAGACUUAUUUAUGGUAUCAGAUUUACUAUUGGGUGGUGAUCUGCGUUAUCAUAUACAACAAAAGGUUGAAUUCACCGAGGAAAGUAUCGUUCUCUUUGUCGUAGAAAUUGCACUCGCUCUCGACUAUCUCCAAAAUCACAAAAUCGUUCACAGAGACAUCAAACCAGAUAAUAUCCUGUUAGACGAGGAGGGUCAUGCACGUGUAACGGACUUUAACAUUGCCACUGAACUGGAGGAUGGUCAAUUGGCAACUUCGAUGUCAGGCACGAAACCUUAUAUAGCACCCGAGAUUUACAUGUGCUCGUGCGAAGAAUAUGGUGUCCUUGGUUACGGAUUCACCGUUGAUUGGUGGAGUUUAGGAAUUCUCGCUUGGGAAACUUUGGCCGGUGAACGUCCUUAUUCCCUUCACUCGACAACAUCUUAUAGAGAAGCAUUAAGGAUUUUACAGGAAGAAAGGGAAACACCAUCCAACUGGAGUACAGCAAUAUGCGACCUCUUAGAUAGAUUGUUAACACUAGCACCAGGUGCUAGGGUCUCGACUUUAAGGGAACUCAAGCAGAUUGAAGUGAUAAGAAGUUUGGAUUUUGAUAAAGUGUUGAACAAACAGAUAAAGCCACCCUUUGCGCCACCAAAGGAUCAUCUCAAUUGCGAUCCUACUUUCGAACUCGAGGAAAUGAUCAUCGAGACUAAACCGUUACACAAAAAGAAAAAACGUUUGACCAAACAAAGAUCGAUCAGAGCCGAAUUGACAGGAGACGAUGCUUUGAAAUCUGCAGAGGGUAACGGUAUGGAUCUGAGAAGAUUGGCCUUUAUCCCAGAAUAUCGCGUAUACAAUCGUGAAAGGGAAAUGGAGAGAUUAGAGAGAGAACGAAAAGAGAAACAAUGGGAAGAGGAACUGAACACUGCCAUGAUGGGUGCCGAACAGACGCCAAGGAUGAGACAAGAACAGCAGCAACAAACACAGGAAGGACAGAAAAGUGUUAACAGAUUGAGUGUUUCGAACGUGAAAGCUCGAAUCAGUGCUUCCCCCAGACUUAGUCGAAGGGCAAGUACUACGACAUCCUCCGACAUUGAUUACAUCGAUGCCAGUCCUGAACCAUCCACUUCUUAAAUUAAAUUCGAACAGAUUUUUUACCGAAACAAUAUUAGAAUAAAAGCCAAUCGAAUGUCUAAAAGAUAUAGAUCGUCAUUUAUAACUGUCGAUCAUUUUACAAUUGAAAAACAGCAACAACAAUAACAACAAAAUCGAUCCUUUUUUUUUGAUCGCUACUUUUU